CGUCCGGGCGACAAAAUUCAACAUGGUGCUACCUCUGUCUCUUCUACGGACGGCACAAAACCACCCUAUGCUGGUGGAACUGAAAAAUGGAGAGACGUACAAUGGCCAUCUUGUAAGCUGUGAUAACUGGAUGAACAUAAAUCUUAGAGAGGUCAUUUGCACUUCCAGAGAUGGUGACAGGUUUUGGAAGAUACCUGAGUGUUAUGUGAGAGGCAGCAACAUAAAAUAUCUUAGGAUUCCAGAUGAGGUUAUUGACAUGGUGAAAGAUGAAAUGGUGAAACAAGGGAAAAGCAGAGGUACAGGAAGACCAGGACGAGGUGGUCGUGGUGGGGGUGGAGGCCGUGGAGGUCACAGAGAAGGUGGCAGUGGAGGAGGAGGAAGAGGGGGAUCAUUUGGUGGGCGUGGUGGAGGAAGAGGGGCAGGGGGCCAAAAGAGAAAUAGAGAUGAUAGCUCUGGAAAGUAGUGUGAUGGCUUUGAUGUACAUGUAAAUAUAUGUAGCUAUCAAUUGCAUAAAAUACUUGAUACAGUAGGUACAAAAAUAGUUUUUUUCUAUCUUAUGCUUCUAUGUAAGCUGCAUACAUGGUUUUUAUCAGGCAUAAGGAAUCUAAGUUAAUGAAGCUGUGGUAUUCCUGUGGACACUCUUUGAGCUACAUGUACAUAUGUUACUGUUUAAGAUAGAAAAGAUCAUCUACAUGUACAUAUCUGUGGCAAACGCAAGUGUUAUUUAAAUAGGUUGCAUUGGUGUACAUGUGUCUGUCUCUUUAUCUUAUAGUUUCUUUGCUCAUGAAGAAGAGCUGGAAGCAAGCUGAAAUAUUUUUUUUAAAUUGUCAACUUCAACAACUGUACCUUGAAACUACUAAGUGCAUCAAAUUAGGUGGCAUUUUGUUUCCUUGUAUUGUUUAUUUUGUGUAGUAAUUGAAAUUGUACUCAACAAACCAGAGCUUCAAUGCAUCUUAGUUAAGAUUUUAUAUUGAGAACUAUGGUAAGAUUUCAUUUUGCUUAUAGUAACCUACUUUAACCCACUAUUGCUUGUAGCAAACAGCACAAUGUUCUUUUUUUUAUUAAAAAAUUAUUACUUUCA